GCCUUAUAAAGGGUUCUCGAUACAGCGCGCGGUCCACUCCGUAGAGGGCGCACCGCGGGCUGUGCCGUGCGCUUGCGCAGUGUGGGCCGCUCCCCGCCCCCUGCCCUGUAGCCCCGCUACCCCUCCGCCUGCCGGCCGGGCCCCGCCUCGGCUUCGCGCCCUCGCCCAGCUCACAGCCUCCGUUCUGCUCCGCAGCAGUCAGCCCCGUCUCCGGCAGCAUGUUCAGCUGGGUCAGCAAGGAUGCCCGCCGCAAGAAGGAGCCGGAGCUCUUCCAGACGGUGGCUGAGGGGCUGCGGCAGCUGUACGCACAGAAGCUGCUGCCCCUGGAGGAGCAUUACCGCUUCCACGAGUUCCACUCGCCCGCGCUGGAGGACGCUGACUUCGACAACAAGCCCAUGGUGCUGCUCGUGGGCCAGUACAGCACGGGCAAGACCACCUUCAUCCGGCACUUGAUUGAGCAGGACUUCCCGGGAAUGCGCAUCGGGCCCGAGCCCACCACAGACUCCUUCAUCGCGGUUAUGCACGGCCCUACCGAGGGCGUGGUGCCUGGCAACGCUCUCGUCGUGGAUCCACGGCGCCCCUUCCGCAAGCUCAACGCCUUCGGCAACGCCUUCCUCAACAGGUUCAUGUGCGCCCAGCUGCCCAACCCCGUCUUGGACAGCAUAAGCAUCAUUGACACUCCUGGGAUCCUGUCUGGGGAGAAGCAGCGCAUCAGCAGAGGGUACGACUUCGCGGCGGUCCUGGAGUGGUUCGCCGAGCGGGUGGACCGCAUCAUCCUGCUCUUUGACGCCCACAAGCUGGACAUCUCAGACGAGUUCUCAGAAGUCAUCAAGGCCCUCAAGAACCACGAGGACAAGAUCCGCGUGGUGCUGAACAAGGCCGACCAGAUCGAGACGCAGCAGCUGAUGCGGGUGUACGGGGCCCUCAUGUGGUCCCUGGGGAAGAUCAUCAACACCCCCGAGGUGGUCAGGGUCUACAUCGGCUCCUUCUGGUCCCACCCGCUCCUUAUCCCUGACAACCGCAAGCUCUUCGAGGCCGAGGAGCAGGACCUCUUCAAAGACAUCCAGUCUCUGCCCCGGAACGCUGCCCUCAGGAAGCUUAACGACCUGAUCAAGAGGGCGCGGCUGGCUAAGGUCCACGCCUACAUCAUCAGCUCCCUCAAGAAGGAGAUGCCCAACGUGUUCGGUAAAGAGAGCAAAAAGAAAGAGCUGGUGAACAACCUGGGAGAGAUCUACGCGAAGAUCGAGCGGGAGCAUCAGAUCUCCGCCGGCGACUUCCCCAGCCUCCGCAAGAUGCAGGAACUCCUACAGACCCAGGACUUCAGCAAGUUCCAGGCCUUGAAGCCCAAGCUGCUGGACACAGUGGACGACAUGCUGGCCAACGACAUCGCCCGGCUGAUGGUGAUGGUGCGCCAGGAGGAGUCCCUGAUGCCCUCCCAGGUCGUGAAGGGGGGCGCCUUCGACGGCACCAUGAACGGGCCCUUCGGGCACGGCUACGGCGAGGGGGCCGGCGAGGGCAUUGACGACAUCGAGUGGGUGGUGGGUAAGGACAAGCCCACCUAUGACGAGAUCUUCUACACGCUGUCGCCCGUCAACGGCAAGAUCACGGGCGCCAACGCCAAGAGGGAGAUGGUGAAGUCCAAGCUGCCCAACACGGUGCUGGGCAAGAUCUGGAAGCUGGCCGACGUGGACAAGGACGGGCUGCUGGACGACGAGGAGUUCGCCCUGGCCAACCACCUCAUCAGAGUCAAGCUGGAGGGCCACGAGCUGCCCAGCGACCUGCCCCCACAUCUCGUCCCGCCCUCCAAGCGGAGGCUCGAGUGACACCCAGCAGACACUGGGGGGCGGGGAAGGGGCACCGGUUCUCAAGGUCCAUAAAGACUGAGUGGCUGUUUCCUCAGCUCUUGAAAAGGAAAACCACCAUCUUUCUUUUCAGGCUGUUCCUGGGCCCAGCAGGGGAGGCAAGGGUCAUACUCGUAUGUGAAUGAUGGAAUUUUAUGCACAAGAACUAUGGAUAUUUUUAAUAUAUAAUGUUAGAGGCAGCCUUCUUUCUUGCCUCCUCCUCCGUCUGACAGGCCCACGCCCACACGCACACAGUCUCUGCCUCCUGCAUCCUUGCCCCCCUGCUCUGGCUGUGCAGCGUGUACUGCCACUGUGGCCGCUCCCAGCACACCCCUUCUGGCAUUGCUGGGCCCUUGGGCCGUGUGUAGACAGAAACGACCCGAUCGCAUUGGUUUCUGAGCUGACUGUUGCUUCUCUGGGCCGUUGGCUUCCUCCGUGCUCCCAGAUUCAGGUUCUUGUGCUUCCCUCCGCCCUGCGACCCGCCCUGUGCACAGACCCUACUCUUUGCUCUCAUAUCCUCCCACCCUUCACUCGGCAGUCACAGAAGCAAGGCCAGCUCCCUUUUUGGGGGCGGCGGUGGGGGAUAGGUGUGUGUGAGAAUCGCCUUCCAGAAAAACAUAAGCUACUUUUGGUUCUGUAAGUGACACCUUUUAUACUUGACCGAAUUUUUCAGUAACUUCCUA